GGCCAACCGGAGACCUGGAUAACGGUACCUCACAUCGAGGUUAGGAUAUAACUGCAUGUAGACGGAAUCGCUGUAUUUUACGCCAUCCUGCAUAGACGAUUGCGGUAUUGCUUGCCUGAAGGGAAUAAAUCUCCAGCUCAACCCUGAUGUAAAUCAUUAAUGGAUCCCUCGUCCGAAUCGUAUAUUGACCCCGAACAGCUGAUCCAGCCUUCCGAAAACACAACAACUUACUCGUCCUCUAUCCAACAUUGCGCCCCUGAAUUAGCUUUUCAGCCACCACUAAUACCACCACCAAUGGAAUUCAUAGACGGCCCCCUAGAGUACCAGAGAACGCCCAAUGGGGCAAACAUAUGCAUUGGACAAGAGGGCCUCGCAGAACUAGGCUACGGGACGCCUUCCGAUAUGCCGAUGGACCUGCAUAACCAAAGAACAGAUCCUCGCAAUAAUUCCAUGCCGCGACCGCGAACAGCAAACAAGCACGCGAAAGAUAUAUACGUUAAACAAGAGAACGAAAGGUCCUUCUACACACAUAGUCGCCGAUCCUCUCGAUCAAGCAACAAGUUUACUAGCGAUGAGUCGGGAUUAGACAAGCGCGAGCGAAAUCGCAUGGCGGCCUCUAAAUGCCGAAAGAAACAGAAACAAGCGAACAGCGAGCUACAGGAAAGGGCGCGAAUUAUGGACGAGCAACACAGCUAUCUAAUCGCCCACAAAGCCUCUCUAGAAUCAGAGAUGAUUGGCUUAAAGAACGAACUUUUACUCCAUGGUGGAUGCGGUUGCGAACCCAUCAGCGAAUACUUAAUGCAAGCGGCCAAGAGGUUUGUGAAGAAUCGCGAGGGAGACGCACACGGGUUGGAAAAGACGGGGAACUUGCGCGAACGACCGCCUUCUAUCAGCCACGAGCCUUGUGUUCUAUGACAAUUUGGGCGGCGUGCGACGACGAUGAUGAAUAAUGAUUUUUAUGACAUUUCGAAAGGAUAGUUCACCUACGGAGAGUAUCGGAAGUGUAAUGGUUUGCUAAACUUGGAAUUUGUAGCAAUCAGAAUGUCCAAAUAUUUUCAACCUAUCGAGUCCCCGAAGCGAGUGUUUGUGACAACGAUAGCCGUAUCAAUAAGAGAGUCCACCAAGCACUACCGAGUAGUAUAAAUCGAAUCCCUAGAAAUGUUCUCUUACUCAGCCGUUUACGACAAUUUCUCUGUUCGGGGGCAAUGUUUGCCCACUCAUAAACGCGCUCUCGGUACCGGCGAGGAAUAAGCAGCUCGUAGCGAUCUCGCUCAUCUUCGUCCAGUUUCCGAGACUCUAGU